AUGUCCUACGGCACCCCAGAGUGGCAAGGUUGGGUCCUGAAUGAAGAAGACUCGUUGCCCCUGCUGGAAUAUGCGUACAAGGUCGGCAUCCGGACCUGGGACACUGCCGACGUGUACAGCCACGGUCGAUCCGAGCAGAUCAUCGGCAAGGCCAUCAAGCAAUACAACAUCCCCCGCGAGCGCCUGGUGAUUCUGAGCAAGUGCUACUUCGGCGUGACUCCGGACACCCCCGGCGGUGGCAUUGCCGCCAGCUCGGUCAAUGACGGCGACAUGCUGAACCAGACGGGUCUCAGCCGCAAACACAUCCUCGAUGCAGUGGAUAAGAGUGUCGCGCGGCUGGGCACCUACAUCGAUGUCCUCCAGAUCCACCGUCUCGACCGGUCGGUCCCACGCGAAGAGAUCAUGAGGGCGCUCAAUGAUGUGGUCGAGUCCGGCAAGGUCCGCUACAUCGGCGCCUCUAGUAUGGCGACGUGGGAGUUUCAGGAACUGCAGAAUGUCGCCGAGAAGCACGGGUGGCACAAGUUCAUCUCGAUGCAGAACUAUUACAAUCUGAUCUACCGGGAAGAAGAAAACGAGAUGAUCCCUUACUGCAACCACACGGGCGUCGGUCUGGUGCCAUGGUCGCCCGUCGCACGCGGAGCCUUGGCCCGUCCUUAUAAAACCCGAGACACUCUGCGUGAGAAGACGGACUCCUAUCUGAAGACUGGGAUCCGCGCCAAAGAAGACAAAGUCGACGAAGAGAUCGUGGGGAGGGUCGAGGAGGUGGCCAAGAAGAUGGGCAAGACCAUGGCCCAGAUUGCCAUUGCUUGGUGUCUGAGCAAGAAGGACGUCUGCCCGAUUGUGGGCUUGAACAAGAAGGAGAGGAUGGACGAGGCAGUCGAGGCGUGCAAGAUCAAGCUCAGCGACGAGGAUAUCAAAUACCUCGAAGAGCCGUACAUGCCCAAGAAGAGACAAGGCUAUUGA